AUGAGUGUAGACGCUAAUUUAAUAGCUAUCUUUGCACAGGGUGCAGGUCAGUUCGCCUUCCAUACCGGUACAGCCCAAAAGAAUUCUAUUGAUAUAUAUCCUUUGGAUUCUUCUAAUAAUUUCAAAGUUAACAGUUCUCUUGUGAACCACGUGGAUUAUGAAAGUCAUGAUUUAAAAUCCUCAGACAUCCUAUACGUCGGUUGGUGCUGCGAUAGUGAUGAUAACAAUAAAGAUUCCAACUCUGGAAGGGUUAAACGUAAAUUGGAUGGCGAUGAAGCUAGUGGGUUGUCCUCCAGAACAGAUAAUUUCUUUGUCAAUGCAUUUAAUGAUGGCCAAAUUGUUACGUUUUCGUCAACUGGUAGAGAUAUCAUCAAUAUAGUUCGUAAUAAGGAUACAAUAAAGGCUGUUGAUUCUUAUGGUAAAUAUAUAUGGACAUACGAUUCAGAUGACUGUGUUAAGAAGUUAGAAUACAAUAAGACCAAGCCAGUGAAGACUUUCCAUUUGAUUGAUGGUAAAGAUGAGGAAAUAAUACAUUUCCAAGUAUUAAAAUAUGAUGGAGAUAAUGCCAAUGAAGAUGGCAUAUAUUUAUCUAUUGCUACCGAACAAAAAAUAUACAUCAUCGAUCCAAGUAAGAGAAGACCCAGUACAGUAGCAACUUUUGAAGUAUUCGGCGCAUUAUCUUGUACUUUUAGCCAAGAUGGGAAAUAUUUUAGUGUGGCUACAAUUGACACUUUAACCGUAUAUGACUAUGAAACUAAGGCUAUCGUCCGUUCAUGGAAUGUGCAAGCAGACAGAAUUGGAAGUGUCAAGGAUCUUAUUUUUACUUUGACUAUUGACGGUAAAAUAUCCGUCUUUAAAGUAACCGAAAGCGAGCCUAUCAGUACCAUAGCGGUGACAAAUUCUGAAGUUAUUGAUUUUAAACAGAUAUCAAAUGAUGUGAUGCUUGCUUGGUUGAACGUCAACGAACCUAAUUUUAAAUUACUAUCUAUUGAUAAUAUUGUAGGAAACAAGGAAAUUAUCCUAAAUGAAGGUGUCGAAGAUGUCGAACCUGUAGAAAAUCGCAUAACACAAGAUAGGUACCCCAAAGAAAAGAUCGUUGAAGAUGUUAUCAAGGAAGAAAAGCAUGAAAAGACAAAAAAAAUAUCAAAAUCUGAACAGACUGAACUGAAUGUUAGACUAAUUAAGGCAUUGUCAAAGGAAAAUGACAAAUCAGACGGGAUGUCUGUCAUUAGUCUCCUGACAUCACCAUCAUGGGAUGAACAAAGAAUUAUUAACUGUAUAAAUACACAACUAACAUCAGAAAGCCUAAUAGGAUCCGUUCUAAACAAAAUUAUUGCAGAACUUCAAAACAAUGUCUGGACAGAAGAUAACACUUUACAUCUAUGGGUAAAAUGGAUAGUGAUGCUGAAAAAUAUUCCUCACAGUACGAUAUAUGAUAAGAAACCCAAAAAGAAUAUGAAACAUUUUAAGAGUGCCUUGAAGUCUUCAAGUGAAACAUUGCCAACACUACUAGGUAUUCAAGGUAGACUAGAUUUACUAAAUAAACAAGCUACAUUAAGACAGGAAUUGGCUAUGUUAUCUCUCGAUGAUGGUACUUCUGAAGUAGCCAUUGAACAAGGUGAAGAUACAAACAAUAUUGAGGCGGGAGGUGCUGUUUCAAAUGAGGAUGAAGACAAUAUGGUAUAUGUCAAUGGUGAAAACGAUGUUUUUGUGGAUGCUUCAGACUUUGCUGGUGUUGCAGAAAAAGCUGCAUAA